AUGGCGUCUGACGCCGAGAGCGCCUUGCGAAGAGCGCUCUCGUCCACCGCACUCGACGAGGCUGCCACGGACGCGUUGAGCCCGGGCACGCCGGUGCUGGCCUUGUACCCGGAGGAUGGCGAGUGGUACGCAGCUACCGUCGUCUCGCUCUCGGAGAACACGGUCGAAGUCUUUUACGACGAUUGGGACGAGUUUGGAGUCGUCGAGUACGACUCGGUGGCACUGCCCGAGGAGGAGGAGGAGGAGGAGGAGGAGGAGGCGCCGGCACCGGCGCACCUUCGGGCGGCGCGGUCGGCGCCUCGCUCCUCGCCUCGCGCCGAGUUCGUGCCUCCGCCGCCGCACGCCAACCCGCACCGCGCGCAGCGCGAGGCGCUCCCUGCCUUCGGGCACCGCGCUGAGCUGCUCCGCGCCAUCGCGGCGCACCAAGUCGUCGUCAUCGAGGGCUCGACCGGCUGCGGCAAGACGACGCAGGUGCCUCAGUUCGUGCUCGAGGAGGCUGCCGCCGAGGGCAGACCGUGCAGCGUCCUCUGCACGCAGCCGCGCCGCAUUUCGGCCAUGUCGGUCGCGGAGCGAGUCGCCGCGGAGCGCGGCGAGCGGCUCGGCGCGGCCGUCGGGUACUCGAUCCGGCUCGAGUCCAAGAGCAGCGCGGCGACGUGCCUCCUCUUUUGCACCACCGGCAUCCUGACGCGCCGCCUGAAGGACGACCCGGACCUCGAGGGCGUGACGCACGUCUUUGUCGACGAGGUGCACGAGCGGUCGAUGGAGAGUGACUUUCUGCUGAUGGUGCUGCGCGACCUGCUGCGGCGGAGGCCGUCGCUCCGGCUCUGCCUCAUGUCGGCCACGCUCGACGCGUCCCUCUUCUCGGAUUACUUUGCGCGGGGGGGCAAGCCCGUCCCGACCGUCAAGAUGCCAGGCCGCGCCUUCCCCGUGGCCGCUCUGUACCUCGAGGACGCGAUCGAGCUGGUCGGCCACGCGUCGCGUCGCGGCGAGGGCGAGGCUGCGGACGCGGUGCUCGUCUUCUUGCCUGGCUUCAAGGAGAUCCAGGCGGUGCACGAGGCGCUGCUGGCGACGCCUCGCUUCUCGGCGGAGCCGCACCGCGCGUGGCUGCUGCCGCUCCACUCGACGCUCCCGCCCGAGGACCAGCGGCGCGUGUUUGAGCGGCCGCCCGCCGGCGUGCGCAAGGUGGUGCUCGCCACAAACAUCGCCGAGACGUCCGUCACCAUCGACGAUGUUGUCUUUGUGGUGGAUUGCGCGCGGAUGAAGGAGAAGCGGUACGACCCGGCCCGCAGGAUGGAGUCGCUCGACGACGUGCUAGUCUCGCGCGCCAACGCCAAGCAGCGGCGCGGCCGGGCGGGACGCGUGCGUCCGGGCGUCGCCUUCCACCUCAACACGAGCCACUCCUUUGACCACGUCGCGGAGGCGCACCAGCAGCCCGAGAUCCGGCGCGUGCCGCUCGAGCGGCUGGUCCUGACGAUCAAGGCGCUCAAGUACGAGCGCUGCGCCGCCGCCGUCUGCGAGCAGCUGCUCGAGCCGCCGUCGCGGCCGGCGGUGCUGCAGGCGUUGCGGAUGCUGGUCGAGCUCGACGCGCUCGAGCUGGACGGCAGUACGCUCGGCGCCGGAGAGCGGCUCACGCCCCUCGGCCAGCACCUCGCGACCCUCCCGACCGACGUCCGCAUCGGCAAGUUCCUCCUGCUCGGCGCAAUCUUUGGCGUCGCCGACGAGGCGCUCACCAUCGCCGCCAUCCUGUCGGGCCGCUCGCCCUUCCUCUCGCCCUUUGACAAGCGCGAGGCCGCCGACGCGGCCAAGAGAGGCUUCGCCGUCGGGCAGAGCGACCACCUCACCAUCCUCAACGCGUACAACCACUUUGACGGCCGCUCCGGCGGCGAGCGCUUCGCCUUUGCGCGCGAGCACUUCCUCUCCAUCCGCUCGCUCCAGACCAUCGCGCAGCUCAAGCGGCAGCUGCUCGAGCUCCUCUCUGAGGCCGGCUUUGUGCCCCGCGGCCUGCGCGCGAGCGGCGUCGAGCGGAUCGGCCGCUCCGCCGGAGGGUCGGACGGCGUGCGCGCCGCCCUCUCCGGCGACCCCGACGCGGCCUCUCGCCCCGACCUGCUCGAGCUCGAGCUGCAGUCCAACGUGCCGCUCCUCACGGCGCUGCUCUGCGCGGCGCUCUACCCGCAGGUGAUCCUCGUCACUCAGCCGGAGGCCAAGGGCCGCGCCGGCAAGGGCGGCGGCAAGGGCGGCGGCGCCGGUGCGCCCAAGCUCCACAUCCGCGAGCAGGAGGCGCCGGAGCCGGUGCCCGUGGCCCUGCACCCCUCGUCGGUCAACGCGCGCGCGACGCGGUUCGACUCGAAGUAUCUCGUCUUUGCCGAAAAGGCGCCGCCCCUCGCACGCACGUGCACGUCCCGCCCUCGCCACGCCACCCUCCGACUCCGCGGCAGGUCCGCACGGGCCAGCUGUACGUCCGCGACUGCUCGCCGGUGA